ACAAGCUGGCUCCCUCCGCUCUGGGAGUGUUUCGCAUUUAAACAAACACGGUCCUGCCGAAGAUGGCGGAGAGUUUGUAGAGGCGUAAAAGAAACUGCUCUACUCAAUGAAAGCGUCGAAACCGGAGAUGUUGAGACAUUGAAGCGACACUAGACCCUUAAUGGAGCUUGACUGGGGCUUGUACUGGUCAAGUUUUCUGCUUUCAGGGGCUGAUAUGAGCUGAAGAUGAGUGGCGUAGGAGACAACUCGUUGGAGCCGCUGUGCUCCGACCGCAAACGUAAACUGUCCACCUGUGACACACCAGGCUUAGGGUGUGACAAGCGUCGGAGGGAACAGGAGAGCAAGUACAUCGAGGAGCUGGCUGAGCUCAUCUCUGCCAACCUCUCCAACAUUGACAGCUUCAACGUGAAGCCUGACAAAUGUGCCAUCCUCAAGGAGACCGUGAGACAAAUCAGACAAAUCAAAGAACAAGGAAAGAGCUCUUGCAGUGAUGACGAUGUCCAGAAGGCGGAUGUGUCUUCCACUGGUCAAGGGGUCAUUGACAAGGACCAUCUGGGACCGCUGCUCCUACAGGCCUUGGAUGGGUUUCUGUUUGUGGUCAACCGAGAGGGCAGCAUCGUAUUUGUGUCCGAUAACGUGACGCAGUACCUGCAGUACAAGCAGGAAGAGCUAAUCAACACCAGUGUGUACAACAUCAUCCAUGACGAGGACCGGGAGGAGUUUCACAAGAAUCUUCCCAAGUCUAAUGUCCCAAACGGAGCAUCAUGGGGUGGAGAGGCACCCCGGCAGAAGAGCCACACCUUUAACUGUCGUAUGCUGGUGAACUUUGUUCAUGGACAGAGUCAUGGCUUGUCAGAAGAGAGGGCUGGGGGACAGCGCUAUGAGGCCAUGCAGUGUUUUGCCCUCACCCAGCCCCGGGCCAUGAUGGAGGAGGGAGAAGAUUUACAGUCGUGUAUGAUCUGUGUGGCACGACGCAUCAUUGCAGUAGAGAGGACCGAGAGAUUUAGCACUCGCCAUGAACUGUCUGGUAAGCUGAUUGAAAUUGAGCAGCAGGCCUCUCUUCACACCACUAUGCGUCCAGGCUGGGAGGACCUUGUGAGGCGAUGCAUGCAGAUGUUCCUCAAUCGGAGCGAGGGACAACCGUGGUCCUACAAACGGCACUAUCAAGAUGCUUUCCAUACUGGCCAUGCGGAGACCCCACUCUACCGAUUCUCGCUCUCUGAUGGCACCCCAGUCACCGCCCAGACCAGGAGUGACCUUUGCAGGAAUCCCAACACCAAUGAGCCGCACUCGUUCCUCUCUACACACUUGCUACAAAGGGAGCAGAAUGGGUAUCGUGGAAACCAGGGUGGAGGUAUGAGGCCUCAAAACAUGGGCGUAAACAACCCCAACCAACAGAUGAACAUGGGCCCAGGAGGUGGCAUGGGCAUGAACAGGGGCUACGGUAUGGCUGAACAGGGCAACAUGCCACAAAGAGGAGUGCCUCCAUACAAUGCGGGCAACCGCAUGAAUCCCAUGAACCAGAUGAAUCCCAUGCAUCAGAUGAAUCAAAUGAAUCCCAUGCAUCAGAUGAACAACAUGGGUCAGAUGAAUCAAAUGAAUUCCAUGCAUCCAAUGAACUCCACCAUGAACUCCAUGAACCAAAUGGGACACAUGAAUCAGAUGGGCCAUCAUGGCAUGCAUCCGCAGCAGCAGCAGCAGCACCACCAGCAGCAGCAGCAGCAGCAGCAGCAACAACACCAGCAUCAGCAGAUGGGUCAGUUCCAUGGAGGUGCAGGUGGUCAUGGAGGUGGAGGGUAUGGGAUGGGAAUGACCAGUCCUCCUCUGGCCAGUCCAGGGAUUAAUGGCCCGCCUCACAAUGUUAUGGGUUCGCCCAGAGUCCGAGGAAGCCCCAAGAUGGGUGCUAGCCCCUUCUCUCCCGGAGGUAUGAACUCUCCCAUGAGCUCCAGUCACCCUGGCGGGGGAGGAGGAGGGACCACCUUCUCCAGCAGCUCUUUGAAUGCUCUCCAAGCCAUUAGUGAAGGAGUAGGCAAUCCGAUGCCCUCCCCCCUCACUUCUCCUCCCCCUCACAAGCCUGACAGCUCCCCGAGCAUCCACUCCACCAACCAGGCAGCAGGAGGACCCUGUAAAUCAAGCCUCCCAGCCUACUCUGACUCCAAGAGCCCAGGCAGCUCACAAGGGGCUGGAGGAGAGCAGCAGUCUCAGCAGCAUCCACACACCCCCACCAGCGAGGGGCCCUCUGACAAGCCAGACAGCCAGGCGAGUAGAGAGGCGGGUCCAGCCGGGGGAGAAUCCAACCGACGGGUCCCUGAAGCCAAGUCCCACAAGAAGCUCCUGCAGCUUCUCACCUCCCCUACAGAUGAGCUGGUGCCACCCAAUCACACACAAAGCUCCGGGCCCAGCUCCACACCUGAGGCUAAAGACGGAACAGCCGGCGUCACCAGUCCCUCCUCCUCAACAGGAGUGUCCUCCUCUACAGGUGGGAAUCACGGUGCUGUGUCCUCCUCUGGUGCCGCAGGACCUUUAACAAGUCAGUCACUGCAGGAGAAGCACAAGAUCCUCCACAAACUUCUGCAGAAUGGGAACACUCCGGACGAGGUGGCUCGCAUAACAGCCGAGGCGACUGGGAAGAGCAGCCUGGAUGCAGGAGGACCAGAGCCUGGGCCUGCAGCUGCUGGGGGGGUUAGGGGAUCAGAAUCAAAGCAGGAGCAGCACAGCCCUAAGAAGGAGAAGCCCCACGCCCUCCUUCACUACCUCCUCAAUAAAGACGACUCUAAAGAAGUUGGUGACAUCAAGCCAAAGCUGGAGGAGCUGGAGGGGAGAGGAGCUCAGGGGUCAGGGGUCACCAGCUCAGACCCCCACUGCAUGGAUGGAAACGUCAAGUUGGAGCCAUCUGAUGAGACCCUGGAGACCAUUCUGGGUGUCCCAAGGAACAACUCUGGUUUCUAUCCUGAACCAGACUCCAGAGCAGGGAAGGAGGUGGGAAACAAACAGGGAAAUGUGCCUGACAGUUUGCAUGAUGCGGACAGAAGCCCCAUGCCUCCAGCUCAGCGUAGUGCCUAUCAAAGAGCCUUGUCCAUGGAUGCCAAGCCCAUGGGCGGAGAGGGAGCAGUAGGAGGUGGGCUGGCUGGAAGACGGAAUGUCCCCUGUCCCACUUUGGUCAAACAGGAGAAGAUGGAUGCUCCGAUCCGACCUGGGAUGGUUGCCAAUGGCUUUCCAGGGGGCAUGGGUGUGUGUCCACCAAGGGGAAAUCCAACACGAGGUAUGGGCAGAGGAAUGGGAAUGCCCCAGCGGCCCCCCAUGUCAGCGCCAGGGGACUGGCCGAGGUCCAGCGGCAGCCCUGUGGCUGGACCAGGACACCCUGGCAUGGGUCGCUCUGGUCCAAUGGGAGUACCAAUGAUGAACCGGUCCAACAGUGUACCUGGAAAGACAAGGUCUAUGCUCCAACAGCAACUCAUGGAUAUGGGUACCAAUGAAUCCAAUAUAGGUAUGAGCCCAUAUGGCGGACAUGGACCCCCACCUCAGUCCCCCUCUUGGCCUGACUCUGCUAUGGGAAUGGACAGACCACAUAGUACCCCAAACAGGGACCAGUUUGGUCACCCCCUGGAGGAGCUGCUGGGGCCCCUGGCCAACAGCGAGGGCCCGAGUGAUGAACGAGCCCUCCUUGACCAGCUGGACUCUCUCCUUAAUACCACUGAUGUCAUUGCUCUGCAGGAGAUUGACCGAGCCUUGGGCAUCCCUGAAAUAGUAGGCCAGAACCAUGGACCUGAAGGCCACCCGCAGGGCCAGGAUCGAGGUCCAGGUCGGUGCCCACCAUCAGAGUCUUUCCCUGGACCAGACUCCGCCUUAGGCAUGGACCAAAAACCCAUGUAUAACCAAGGCUACCCUGGGCCCCCAGGGCCCUCCUCUAUGGGCAUGCAGCCCAGUUAUGGUGGCAACACAAUGCAAGGUCAGUCUCCUGGAGGCUUCAACCCCAUGAUGAAUCAAGUGGGCCAGACAGGGGGCUUCCCUGGUAUGGCGGGCAUGGGGGGUAUGGGCAACCCUCGAGCAAACAUGAUGCGACCUCGCAUGAUGACAGCCACCAAGCCUCUCCGACUGCAGCUGCAGCAGAGACUGCAAGGACAGCAGUUUAUGAAUCAGACCCGACAAGGCAUAAAAAUGGAACAUGCCCCCGGAGGAAACCCUGCUAUGCAUUCAGGCAUGCAGCCUGGGAUGCAACCUAACAUGCAGCCGGGUAUGCAGCCUGCAAGCAUGGGUGGUCAGCCUGGCUUCCUGAACGCCCAGAUGAUGGCUCAGCGCAGCAGGGAGAUGAUGACCAUGCAGAUGAGGAGGCAGCGGGUGUUGAUGAUGAUGCAGCAGCAACAGCAGCAGGGGCAGGGACAAGCGGCAGCAAGAGGCUUCAGCCCUCCACCAAAUGUCACUGCACCAGGAGGCAUGGACAGCCCCAUUGCAGGCCCCCCCAUGAACCAGCCUGGACAGCAGGGCUUCAACUAUGGAGGUAACUAUGGGAUAAACCAGCAGGGGGACCCAUCAUUCAUGGCCCCAGGUAGCAGCCCACCAGCAAACAUGAUGCAAGGACGAAUGGGAGGUCCUCCUCAGACCACCAUGAUGCCGGGGAUGCAGGGCAACUCGCAGGGAGGGCCCAUGUAUCCGUCUGGAGACAUGAAAGGCUGGCCACAGGGCGGCAUGGCACAAGGCGGCAUGGCACGCAGCACCACAUACCCCCAGCAGCAGUUCCCCCAGCAGGGCAAUCAGGGCCAGUUUGGACCCAUGAUGAUGAACAACUCCAUGGGUGGACCCGGGCCAGUCAGUGGGGCCGGUGCGGGACAGAUGGGCCAAAUGCCAGUGCAGCGGCCAGGCCAGAUGCAGGGCCAGAUGCAGGGCCAGAUGCAGAGCCAGAUGCAGGGCCAGAUGGGCAUGAACCCCAUGGGAAUGGGCAGAAUGCAAAUGGGACCCGAUCAGAAGUAUUGCUGAAGCCCUGCAGCUGAUAGCAGAAUCUGGAGCCUUUCAGCUAUGGCAGAGCACUCUGAUCCCUGAGAGCUGGACCUACACACACAAACACAAACACAAACACACACACACACACACACACACACACACAUAGUAGAAGUUCUCGGGUAUGAUGCGGGCAACUGCUCAUCCUGAAGGAGGUGGGCUACAAGGACAAACACUGGGCUUCAUCCCCAAAUGAAGCCUAGCAUACUGUAACCCUGUUAAGGUGAUGCACAAACACAAGAUAUCAGUGUAUGAGCGCAUAUCUGUGUGUUCACGUGAACGACCUGGAGCUGUCGGGGCAGUAUUCAGCGUCACGGCCAGGCUGCAGAACGGGACUAUGGUACAACUAGCUGUGGCUGCACUUUACCUGGAGGCUUCUGUGUGGAACAAAGAUUGAUGCAAUAUUUCUUCAUCGUUACAGCCUUACUCGAGAUUCAAUGCCUUCACAACAAUGGGUUUCUUUUUUUCUUUUCUUUUUUUCUUAUCCUUUGAAUGCGCCUCAUCCUUGAAGUCAUCACAAGCUAUAAGCACAGUUUACUAUGUUAUGCAGAUUGGAGCAAUAACUCUUGCCUCUAUGCUUUAGACUGUCACUGAGCAUCAUUACACCUGUUAUAAGCAAACAAAUGGUACUGCAGUAUUAGAUGUCUCAAAUGUCUGUGAAUAUGAAUUGUAAAUAUUCUACAAAAUAUAUCAAACAUGCUUUUUAAAGGCCCAUUAUUGCACAAAGUAUGAGACCUGGUUGUAUUUUUGUGUUCCAUAGGUCAAUACUGAUUUGGUUGUUUUGCUUUUUUAUGCCAUUGCAAAUAUUGCAGGCGUGUUUGGGGUUUCCUUCCCUUGUUUGUCAUUUUUCUGAAUGCUGUAUUUUUUUUAAUUUUUCCGAGAAGUCAUGUAUUCCAUGUUAUAGCGAGGCACUUUUACUUGUGAUCUGAUGUGUCGAAGGUUCAAGCUUUCACACCGUCGGCGUUUUUUUAAAUAUUGGAAGGUGGUUGGAAGUGAAUUCUGUAUUGACGGUCGAUUACAUAAACAGAUGUUGUUGGGUGCUGUGUGAGGUGAGCUGUAUUGGUUUUGUCUGCAGUACGGUGCAGACAGGAACAAGCACUCCUCAGUGUACAAACAAGCCUGCCCCCCCCCCUCCCUCCAGCUCUGUCUGUCGAGUCUAUUUUUAUUCACACCAUCUUUUUUUGACUGUUGUUCUCAACUUGCUAAAAUCUACCUUUUCAACAUGCGCAAUCCAAAGAUAUUUUUCCACAUCUCUGUAUAGUUUCUGAGGUUUCAGGUGUACAUUUUUUAAGAUAUGCGUUGUAUUAGUCUGAUGGUAAAUGGGUACAUAUCAUGGAUCUGUAAAAGCAUUGGAUGGUUUUAUACUGUAAGCAUAAGGAGCUAAGUUGUCCCACAGUGGGAGGCUAUCAGUGCAGUGCGAAGACGACUGGAAACUCUGAACCCCAAAGCAGAAAGUCUUUACAUCCAGAAGAAAACCAACAAAGCAUGGUUGCUGUGAAGGAGAAAUACCAAUGGAAAUGAAUCCACUUCAAGACAUAUCAAUAUCUCUUCUAUCUUUCAGGAAACAACUUCAUUUUAUGUCCAGAUUUUGUUACUUCAGGAAAAAGGAACUUUGUGGAGUUUGAAGUGCAAAAAGAGGCAAGAGAUCAUUUGGUUUGUUUUUGUUUUUCUUUGUUUGGAGGUAAGAUAAGCUGUCAUCUUACAGGAUGUAUAUUACAGAUUUUUUCUGUUGUUGAUAUUGAUGUAAAUACAAAUUUCUAUUUAAACACUUUUGAUUCUG